AUGCAAGGCAGUACAAUAGCAGCUAUUGACAUUACACACCCACUGAAGUGCACGUUAAUCGACUGGAUACAUUUACACGACCACGUGGAAUAUGUGAUAGAAGUGAACAAUCAAUUGGGAAUCGGAAAGUCGUGGCGUAUCCAGCGACGUUACGCACAGUUUCGGAAGUUGAAUUCACAUAUUAAAAAGAUUGGUGCUGAUUUAGGAUUUCCUCCGAAAAAGUUCAUUGGAAAUGCGAAGGAAACAUUCAUCAAACAACGUAUGCUGGCGCUGCAGGAAUUUUUGGAUGCCAUCUGCCUACAUGCGAUCUUGUAUGCAUGCCCAGCAGUAGCCAAUUUCCUUGAAAGUUUCACCGAAACUUAUGUUGGUAAGAAGACUCAAAAUGAUACAAUAAAACUCGCUACUUGCACAGGUUUGCAUGAGUGGAUACUUUUGUCGUUCCGCGAUAAACGCCAGUGGACCAUGGAACAACAAAGAAAACAUUGUGGUUGGCGACCUGGUAAAAUACACUAUGAGAUUAGAUGUGGUUUUUCAAAGCUAAUGCUAUCUGGUGUCCGUUAUGGUCCAGAUCGUUUCGGAACAGUGAUGGAUCUUAACAAUGCCCUUGAAUUCUUUCGGACGCUGCAAUGUCCACAUUUAAAUGAAAGUGUAACGAGCUGGGCCACUGAUGGGGGAAUUGUAUAUAUUAGACCAAUUUUCAAGGAAGGAACAUUACGUGACCGGCUUUAUAAGAGCAACUGGAAGGACGAUUUUUUUACAAAAUACAAAAUGGAUAGUUCUAUUUAUUCAUUUGAAACGUAUGAUAUUCUCUUAAUCUGUCGACAGUUGCUCGAAACGUUGACGUUAUUAAACGCGAUUUCUGUGCCAUGUUUCGACAUUCAUGCAGGAAAUGUUGUUAUCACAGAACAUGGUUGCGAGCUGAUUGAUUUUGAUCAAGUCCUAACUGGGCAACCAAGUUUCCGACGUUCUUCAAUGUUGUGUUCUCAAGCUAUUAAUACGCUCGAGGAUAUGUUUGUAUUUACAUUUUGUGAAUUUCUAUUUGAACUAAUUACGGGCUUUCUUACGUUCCCUAUGCGUUCAGCAAGUGAAGCGGUUGCCAUUAUACCAGCUGCAUUUCAGCCUUUACUGAAUUCAGUAUUCUUGCCAGAAGUUCGUUGUUUGCCAAGAUUGCAAGACAUAAUUAAUUCAAGUUUAUUUGUUGAUGUCCCGGUAGCAAAAAUGAAACAAAGAGAGAUUCGAAUGCCAAGUCAUGUAAAGGAAGUUCUCGAUGGCCUUUGCAGUAAUAUAUUGGAGAGAUAUAAAAGGGAUCGCUACCAGUUUAAUAACAUGAAGAAACAACGAAAAUUUGAACAGCUUCUCAACUCUGAAACAGAAAAGUUGCGGCGAAAGGAAAUAAUUAAAAAACAACUGAAAUCACAAAUCGUUGGAGAAAGCUGUUAA